AUAGUCAGGCCGGUAAUCUUUGAUCAUUCAGAUUUCAGAAAGACAGUUAAUUUAGUUGGUCCGGAGGAAGCGAAGCCGAGCGAGCGCGCCCUUGUCAUCGUUAUGGAGAUUGGCCUCUCGUAAGAGCACGAAACAUCUCCUCUUCGCGCCCCCAUGUCCCAGCCAGAGUCGACGAUUCUUCGGACAUGAGACCCAGUUUGUCCCGCGAGUUGCAAGAAACUAACGGAGGAACCUCGUACCCGAACACCGAGGAACAGCGCACCCGCUCCAGCCCGGUCAAGAACCGCAGAGCUCAACCGUAUUGGUCUCUCCUCAUGAGGAAGCACCUUGAACAGGGCGCGCCGAGGGAAGCAAUUCACUUGUACAAGCAGAUUCGCUGCAACGGAAGCUACGGUUUGGGUCUCGUUCCUUUGGUGGCCAAAGCUUGGGCUUCUCUCGCACUGCUUGGCCCUGCGCAAUCUUUGCACGCCGAAUCGGUCAAGUUCGGGUCUGAUCACGACGUCGUAGUGGGUACCUCGCUGGUUGGUUUGUACUCUAAGUGCGGCGAUAUCGGCGAUGCGCGUAGGGUGUUUGAUUUUAUGCCCGAGAGAAAUGUUGUGACGUGGAACGCUAUGCUCGGUGGGUAUUUGAGAAAUGGGGAUACGAAGUCGGCUUCGUGUUUAUUUGAACAGAUGCCGGCACGAAGCCACGUGACAUGGAUCGAGAUGAUCGACGGGUUUGCCAAGAACGGAGAUACAAUGACUGCUAGGAGGCUCUUUGAUCAGGUUCCCCAGGAGAUGAGGAAUGUGGUGACGUGGACUGUAAUGGUGGACGGAUACUCGAGCAAUGGAGAGAUGGAAUUAGCCAGGGCAAUGUUUGAAGAUAUGCCUGAAAGAAAUUUCUUUGUGUGGUCAUCAAUGAUUUCUGGGUAUUGCAAGAGAGGUGAUGUGAAGGAAGCUGAGGCGAUUUUUGACAGAAUUCCAGUAAAAAACUUGGUGAACUGGAAUGCGCUGAUUUCCGGAUAUGCCCAGAAUGGAUUUUCGGACAAAGCAUUGCAAGCAUUUAGCAGAAUGCAAGCUGAAGGAUUAGAGCCUGAUGAAGUUUCUGUGGUCGGUGUCCUAUCAGCCUGUGGUCAGUCUGGAUCAUUGGAUGUUGGUAAGAAAAUACACGAUAUGAUAAAGAAGAAGGGAAUUAAUCUUAAUCAAUUUGUCUUGAAUGCACUGGUUGACAUGUAUGCCAAAUGCGGGGAUUUGACUAAAGCAAGAUCAAUUUUUGAUGGGAUGCCCAAGAAAAAUUGUGCUUGUUGGAACUCCAUGAUUUCGGGUUUUUCCAUCCACGGACAGUGCAAAGAAGCUCUUGAGUUUUUCAUGAAGAUGGAAGACUCAGGUCAGAAACCAGACGAAGUAACAUUUCUCAUUGUAUUAUCGGCAUGUGCUCAUGGUGGUUUUGUGGAUGAAGGCUUGGAAAUCUUCUCAAAAAUGGAUAAAUGUAACUUACUAAUCAGGGUCAAGCAUUAUGGCUGCUUGGUUGAUUUAUUAGGGAGGGCUGGAAGAUUGGAAGAAGCUUUUAAGCUAAUCAAGAGAAUGCCAGUGGAACCAAAUGAUGCAGUCUGGGGUGCUUUGCUUGGAGCAUGCAGAAUCCACUCAAAUCUGGAGAUGGCAGAGGAUGUCUUGAAGGACAUUAGAACACUUAAUUGUAAUGAAGAUUCCCAUAAUGACUCUCAUUAUGUGCUACUGUCAAACAUUUAUGCUGCUUCUGAUAGAUGGGAGAAGGCUGAGAGGAUGAGAUUGGUCAUGGGAUACAAAGGGUUUCAGAAAGUGCCAGGAUGCAGUUCUGCAAUGGUUGCUGGCUGUGAAGGUUGGGGACUGUGAAGGCCAGUUUUCCUCCCAUAGUAUUUUAUUCCAUUUUAUACCAUGCUCAGAGGGGAGGUUUACUGGCCUGAGUGGCGUUUACUCAUCACGGAAUAAAUAUCAUGACAUACUGGACAAUAUGCUGAGACUAAAUUUCUACGGUACUGGCCAGUGGCGAAGUCUAUUAACAACUGUGCUUCCAAGUCAGAGCACCAGGCCCAACUACAUGGUAGAAGAUAUUCAUUGGGCUGACGCAAAGAGAUGAGAAUUGUCGUGUCUUUAGCCAUGGGCAUAGUGCUAAAGCUAUUCUACAUCAGGCUUGCAAAAACUUGGUAGAGGCAUGUCUAGUACUUGCAUCGUGCUGCCUGCUGCUCCUGCAGGUGUAUGUAGAAAAAGAAAAGGUCCCCAUUGUUCAUGUGAAUGAGGAACAUUCACCAAAUCUUAUCCUCUACUUUUAAAAGCAAUUGAGGCUCGAUAUCAAUGGAGUUUGAUUUAGCCAAGCUCUGGACUCUGGAGAAAGGAAGUGCAAAGUCUCUGAACAUCAGAGUUGUGUUGGUGGACCUGGUUCUCCUCUAAAUUAGAACAGAACCACUCAGAUAGCUACUGGACAGUUUCUAGCUGGAGAUUUUUGUGAGAGAAAAAUUUCUAUAUCAAAUUCAUCGAUUUUUUUUACCUCGGUAUGUAAAAACCACGCUGUCGCUGCCCAUUAUAGUCACCACAAGUCUCUUACAAAAUCAUAGAGAAAGGGUAACUUCCACACUACACCCAAGAAGAGCACAUUCCAGUUAUACGACACGAAAUGAAUCUGCUAUCCUUUUCAAAUCAGUGUAAUGCCUCUUCCACUGAAGACCUGCAAGGGUCAAGAUUCAUCCAAGCAAUUAAUAUUUUCCCUAUGAAAUGCGACAUGUGAUCAUAUGUCAAAUUCCAUACCAUUUGCAGUCACAUUGAACAGGUAAAGGCGAUUUCCGGCUGCGGUUGCUGUUAUAAGACAAUGCGGUGGCUCCAAUUCAAAUUGGACCUCAGGAAUACAAGUAAGCAACUACAAGAGGCAGAACGCAACCAGUAACAAGCAAAGUUCUGGGCAACUCACCAUCUGCAAAUCGGCGAACAGGAGCAACAAUGACAAACAGGCGUCCUUCCUUAGGACUGGCAAAUCUUAAGUCUAUCUCUGUGCCACCCAGAUCAGCAAUUGACACUGGAACCUGUGAUGUAUAGAUUAGUCACUUUCACGAUUGCUGGAACAGGAACACCAAAGGGAAAGCUUGUUCUUGUUCAGAAAAGCAAAUGUGUAACGGUAUUAUGCUGACUUGGAAUAACGAAGGGAAAAUCUAAAUUCCCAAAAGCUAAUUCUUGAGUUCUAUGGAGAGAUUUUAUUCAUAAUAAUUUUUCACUCUUUCAUUUCA